CCGUUCACUCCAGUCCCGGAAGCAGCUGAUUCAUUCUUUCUUUCAUGCAUUCCCAACCUGUAAUCUUAUCAGGCUCUCUUUCAUGAAAGCCCUGUAGGAUAUAUCUAUAUACAGAUCUACUUUAUUCCCUCCUCCCUUGGGGGCACUUAGCUCUAGCAGAGCAAGCUUUGAGUGUAGGGAUGCUCUCCAGGGCAGCCACACCUUUCUUAGCUCUAGCUGGGCCCGCCCCCUACCUGCUCAGGUAAGAGUACACCCAGGUGUGCAAAGCAGAAGCCUUCCAGACAGAGAAAGAGAAAGAGAGAGAGUUCAGCAUCUAGGGAGGAUUGCAUCAAGCCAUCAACAGGUGUGAUCAGUCCUGGAGGGAUUGCUCUUGUGGCUGGGCCUGAUGGGAGAUGUAGACUGAAGCACCUGGGGGAAGUUCAGGAAAGGCUGGAUUAACUCCUUUGCAGAGACACCAAUGCGUGAGUUUCAAGCCUGUCCAAGUUCUUACGAGAGGAGAGUUCAUGGGUUGCCAGCUCUUCCUCCUUUGUCGCUGUGAGGAACUUUGGAGAUAAAUGCAUCCCUACGUCAUUCAAACAGCGAAGGGUCCCGGUUCAGUAGCAGAGCACCUGUUUGGCAUGCUGAAGGCUUCAUCAGCUCCAGGAAGAAAGGAAAAAAAGGGAGAGUGAUCUUUGGCAUUCUGGUUUAAAGCAAAGGAGGGAAGCAGGCCAUUUUCCUUGUGAGCCGUCAAGUCCAAAAUGUGUCUGGUUGAUGUCCGCUGCUCUUUGGAACUGACUUACAAGGGAGUAAACCUUCUUGAACAUGGAACCUCUGUUGUUGUGGGAGAAGGCAUGAACAAGGAUCUCAUUCUGGCUGUGACUACCAUGAAGGGACCCUGCACUUCUCAGUUUGUGAAAAUGUCACGGCGCUGGUGCUACAAGGUGGAAACCAUUGUCCUGAGCCUGGUGGGGUUCAUGGGGUUCCUCUUCCUUCUCCAAACCAGCGAGGAUGGCCCCGUCUUGAAAGAGGUGAGAGCCACACCCAGCCUGAUCCCAGAAACUGUGACUGAAGCCCAGCGCCAACCCAUUCCUGAGUGCCGGGAGAAUGCAUCUGUGUCCAACAUCUCGGGUUUUGGGGAGCUGCCUGAUCACAUUAAGGAUUUCUUGCGGUACAAGCAUUGCAAGGAAUUCCCUCUGCUCCUUGAUGUCCCGGAUAAAUGUGGCCGCCCGGAAAUCUCCCACGAGGUCUUCUUGCUCCUCGCGAUCAAGUCGUCACCUGGGAAUUACGAACGGCGUGAAAUCAUCCGCAAAACGUGGGGGCAGCAACGGACAUUUGCCGGGGUCCAUAUCCGCAGGGUCUUUCUUUCUGGGGUAGUGGCCAAUGCCCGGGACGCACGGAAGCUUAACCAGCUCCUGAAACUUGAGAUGGAAGAGUACGGGGACAUUCUCCAGUGGGACUUCCUCGACAGCUUCUUCAACCUGACGCUCAAACAGGUCCUCUUCCACGCCUGGAUGGAGGCUCGUUGCCCAGGCGUCCGCUUCAUCUUCAACGGCGAUGACGAUGUCUUUGCAAACACUGAUAACAUCAUCCAUUAUCUGCUGAGUGUCCCAGGGGCGGGUGACCAGCACCUCUUUGUUGGGCAGCUGAUUAGCAACGUGGGCCCGAUCCGUGAAAAGUGGAGCAAAUACUACGUGCCGGAGCAGGUGACCACCUCGAAGUCCUACCCGCCCUAUUGCGGUGGCGGUGGGCUACUGAUGUCUGGCUAUACCUCCCACACCAUCUACAAGAAAUCUCUCGGCAUUGAGCUGUUUCCCAUCGACGACGUCUACCUGGGCAUGUGUCUGCAGGAAGCGGGUCUCGCACCCUCAUCACACAUGGGCAUCCGGACAGUGGGGGUCAGGGUGCCUUCCUCCAAACUCGAGUCAUUUGACCCUUGUUAUUAUAAAGAGCUCCUCCUGGUCCAUCGCUUUGUGCCGUAUGAAAUGCUGGUGAUGUGGAGGGCUAUCCACGAGCCGGACUUGUUGUGUGGGAAGAAGAUAGAGGUUUAUCAAAGCCUCUGAGGAACUGCAGGGGAAGGAUAAGGGGAGUGGAUGAGUGGACACUUCUUUAUUUGGGGACUAUCUUUGCAGCCAAAAAUUCCAGUUUCCUCCUCACUCUCUCGAAAGGAGAGAGAUGUCUUUGGAUCUGUGGGAUCCAGGAAAAUGGCUCGGCAACUAAGGGGGGGAUGGAGGCUGUCAGGGUAAUUUAUUUUUCCCCAGCAGAGCAGCCUGACUGGGUGCCUUGAUUUGGAUGCCUCGCUUCUUCAAAGGUACCUCCAGGGUACCUGAAGCAUUUGCAAGAACACUGUAAUAAAGAAAUAAAAAUGAAA